AAGUGUUUUCACCAGAUUUCGGAUCUAUUUCCUCCCUUUCAGCAGAGCUUUCGUUGCUGAAGUUUCUUCUGCUUUAAUUUUUCCCCUUUACACAUCUGGUAAACUCCUAAUUUGCUUAAAACUGAAAGGAAAAAAAAAUGCGAUGGGAACUUCCCGUUACCCCGUAGUUCCUCUCUGAAUUGCGAAGUUAUAUUCUUGAAUGAUCGGAGCAUAACGGUUGAACAAAAUAGGAGAGAGGGGAUGGAGAGUUUUUUGAAUGAGAAUUUUGGGGCGGUGAAGGCGAAGAACUCCCCGGAUGAGGCGUUGCAGAGAUGGAGGGACCUUUGUGGAGUUGUGAAGAACCCCAAGCGCAGGUUUCGAUUCACAGCCAAUCUCUCCAAGCGCUACGAGGCUGCCGCCAUGCGCCAAUCCAAUCAGGAGAAGUUGAGAGUUGCGGUUUUGGUUUCCAAAGCAGCGUUUCAGUUCAUCCAAGGUGAAGCUAUUCACACUUUUCAAUGUUCUAUUUUCUGUGAUAAAAUGAUUUCUUGGUGUGACUCUCCUCAGGGUAUGUGGACAGGUGUGCAAUUUAGUGACUAUGUUGUCCCUGAUGAAGUUAAAGCUGCUGGAUUCGGCAUUUGUGCUGAUGAGCUGAGCUCCAUUGUUGAAGGCCAUGAUCUUAAAAAGCUGAAAUUUCAUGGCGGUGUAUCUGGUAUUGCAGACAAGCUCUCUACAUCAACUACCGCAGGUCUCACAGCCGGUACUGAUUUGAUGGUUCGUAGACAGGAGAUUUUUGGAAUCAAUAAAUUCACGGAAAGUGAAGCACGGAGUUUUUGGGUAUUUGUUUGGGAAGCCUUUCAAGACAUGACACUCAUGAUCCUUGGCGUAUGUGCAUUUGUCUCUCUGAUAGUUGGCCUGGCAAUGGAAGGAUGGCCGAAGGGGGCCCAUGAUGGUCUUGGGAUCGUCGCUAGUAUUUUGUUGGUUGUAUUUGUGACGGCAACAAGUGAUUAUAGGCAAUCCUUACAGUUCAAAGAUUUAGACAAAGAGAAGAAGAAGAUUGACAUUCAAGUUACGAGGAGCGGUUACCGGCACAAAAUGUCAAUAUAUGACCUAUUGCCUGGUGAUAUUGUACAUCUUUCUUUAGGGGACCAAGUUCCGGCAGAUGGGCUCUUUGUUUCAGGGUUUUCAGUGGUAAUUGACGAAUCGAGUUUGACCGGAGAGAGUGAGCCCGUUAUGUCAACAGCUGAAAGCCCAUUUCUUUUAUCAGGAACUAAGGUACAAGAUGGAUCAUGCAAGAUGAUGGUGACAACCGUUGGGAUGAGAACCCAAUGGGGCAAGUUGAUGGCAACCCUUAGUGAAGGGGGAGAUGAUGAGACCCCACUGCAGGUUAAACUGAAUGGGGUGGCAACCAUUAUUGGUAAGAUAGGCCUUUUCUUUGCAGUUGUCACUUUUGCAGUUCUGGUGCGAAAAAUGUUUGGUCGAAAACUGCUUGAAGGGACUCACUGGAGUUGGUCUGGAGAUGAUGCAUUGGAAUUGUUGGAAUAUUUUGCCAUUGCUGUCACUAUCGUUGUUGUUGCAGUUCCUGAGGGGCUACCUCUGGCUGUGACGUUGAGCCUUGCCUUUGCUAUGAAGAAGAUGAUGAAUGAUAAGGCUCUUGUCCGUCAUUUGGCUGCUUGUGAGACGAUGGGAUCUGCCACUUGUAUUUGUAGUGACAAGACUGGGACACUGACUACAAACAGAAUGACUGUUGUUAAAUCAUGUAUUUGUUUGAAUGUCAAGGAAGUGAGUAGAGCGGGUAAUGCUUCAAACUUAUGCUCUGAAAUCCCGGAUUCUGCUGUAAAACUUCUGCUGCAGUCAAUAUUCAAUAAUACUGGUGGGGAAGUUGUGGUUAACAAAAGAGGCAAACGUGAAAUAUUAGGGACACCAACUGAUGCUGCUUUAUUGGAGUUUGGCUUGUCGCUUGGUGGAGAUUUUCAGGCUGAGAGAAAUGCAUCUAAGCUUAUUAAAGUUGAGCCAUUCAACUCUACCAAGAAACAAAUGGGGGUUGUUUUGGAGCUUUCUGAUGGUGGUCUGAGGGCCCAUUGCAAAGGUGCUUCAGAAAUAGUAUUGGCUUCCUGUGACAAGGUGAUAAAUUCAAAUGGUGAGGCUGUUCCCCUCGAUGAUGCUUCCAUUAACCAUCUCAAGGUUACAAUAGAAAGUUUUGCCAGUGAAGCUCUUCGGACACUGUGUCUUGCGUAUAAGGAACUGGAUAAUGGGUUUUCUGCUGAAGAUCCUAUCCCAGGUUCAGGAUUUACUUGUAUUGGAAUUGUGGGUAUCAAAGAUCCCGUUCGUCCUGGUGUGAAGGAAUCAGUUGCGCUUUGUCGUUCAGCGGGUAUUACUGUUCGCAUGGUUACUGGAGACAAUAUAAAUACUGCAAAAGCUAUUGCUAGGGAAUGUGGGAUACUUACUGAUGACGGUAUUGCCAUAGAAGGUCCUGAUUUUCGGGAGAAGAGUCUAGAGGAGUUGCAUGAACUGAUCCCCAAAAUUCAGGUGAUGGCUCGAUCUUCACCUCUAGACAAGCAUACAUUGGUGAAGCAUUUGCGAACCACAUUUGAUGAAGUUGUUGCCGUGACUGGCGAUGGAACAAAUGAUGCUCCAGCACUUCAUGAAGCCGAUAUUGGACUUGCUAUGGGCAUUGCUGGAACUGAGGUGGCCAAAGAGAGUGCUGAUGUCAUAAUUUUGGAUGAUAAUUUCUCGACGAUUGUGACCGUGGCCAGAUGGGGGCGCUCAGUGUACAUUAACAUUCAAAAGUUUGUACAGUUCCAACUAACUGUUAAUGUGGUUGCUCUAAUUGUCAACUUCACUUCAGCUUGUAUGACAGGGAGUGCUCCGCUCACCGCUGUUCAGCUUUUGUGGGUCAACAUGAUUAUGGACACGUUAGGAGCACUUGCACUAGCCACUGAGCCUCCUAACGACGAGUUAAUGAAGCGAUUACCAGUUGGAAGAAGAGGGAAUUUCAUCACCAAUGUUAUGUGGAGGAAUAUACUUGGGCAAUCCUUGUAUCAGUUCUUGGUAAUUUGGUUUCUUCAAUCAAUUGGGAAAUGCGUGUUUGGACUUGAUGGAAGCGAUUCUGAUCUGGUCCUGAACACGCUUAUUUUCAACUGUUUCGUUUUCUGUCAGGUGUUUAACGAAAUAAGCUCCAGAGAGAUGGAGAAAAUCGAUGUCUUAGAAGGAAUAUUGGACAACUAUGUUUUUGUACUCGUUAUCAGUUGCACGGUCUUUUUCCAGAUCAUAAUCAUCGAGUACCUUGGAGCAUUUGCAAAUACAACACCACUCACUUUUGGACAGUGGUUCUUUAGCAUAUUUGUCGGGUUCUUAGGCAUGCCGGUUGCAGCUGGCUUGAAGAUGAUUCCAGUGGAUACGUGAUUCGGUAACAACACUUUUCAAAUCUCAUGCACACAAAAGCUCUUUUGUUCAUUGUAGUAGUCUGUUCUGAGGUGAUGGAAGCUCUUGGAUAGGAGGGAUGUUCUUCUGGUACUCUCUUCGAGAACAAUACCGAAAGAUAUAAAUUGAAAUCGGGAAUCUACUACCGCAUAAUUUUUCAUUUUUAAGAUUCCGAAUUUCCUUCUAGUAUUCUUUGCCAACAGAGGGAGCAUAAACAAUGUUGGGCGGAGUCCCUAGCGCCCUCCUCAGAUUCAAAAUUUUCAAAUAAACUCAGGAGGGUGAGGAGAAGAUUUACUUACUAUCAUGUGUUAAACUAAAUUAGCUAGAACUUCCAUUUAUGGUCUGUUAUGCAAUGAUUCGGUUAUCUUGUGGUGCCAAGUUUUUCCAUAUUUAAGUGUAUUCGGUAUGUGACAUGGGAUAAAUUCAUUUUCUCUAAACUUCGGGUAGAAUUCUGUUCA